AUGGAUGUAUUUCUUCAUGAUCUCAAUCAAGCUUACAGUACAGGUCAAAUCACUAUAGAUGAUAAUUCUCUUCGGCGUUAUCUUGAUUAUGCUAUCAUUGAACAACAAAUGCCAAUGACUGCUGCAAGUAUGUAUUGGCGAGAUACUCUUCGAGGUUAUAACAUCAAUCAUUCAUUACCCUUACCAUUUGAUCGAUAUCGUCUUUCUGAUGAACGUCGAACUGGUCGUGGAGUAUCUUUCUCUUUCGACUUUGGUGAAGACAUUUCACAUGAUUUUCUUUCUUAUUCAUUAUCGAAUGAUAUAACAAUUGAACAACUGGCACUCGCUAGUUAUUAUGCAUUCUUGUUCAAAUUGACUAAUGGAGAAAGUGACUUAUGUAUUGGAAUGAACACACAUGGAAGAUAUAAAGAAGAGUUAAUGUCAGUGAUAGGACUGUUCGUCAAUAAUAUUCCUUUACGAUGUCAACUAGAUCCUCAUUGGUCUUUUCAUCAGCUAGCUGAACAUGUUAAAGAGAUAAUCACUAGUAGUUUAGAGUAUUCUUAUUUUCCUCUUCAACGAAUUCUGGCUCAACAUCCUAAUGCUACAAAACCAGUAUUUCUUGAGACAUCAUUCGAAUUUCAAUCAUAUACUUCUACAAGUGGCAAUAAUGAAAUCACAAUUGGAAAUGCUCGACUUAUUGCUCCGCCCUUUUCAAUCAAGAUUGAUGAAUAUGAGAUAAUGAGCAAAUUUGAUUUCGUUCUUACUAUUCAACAUGAUUUGGAUACUGAUCAACUUUCAUGCACAAUCAAUGCGUCACUGGACUUGUUUGAUAAAAUAACAGUGGAUAGGAUGAGCCAGCGAUUCUGUUCUAUGUUAGAACAACUGUUGAACAUAAAUGAUAACCAGAUGAAGAAACCAAUCUAUGAAUUAUCAUUAGUAUUGCCAGAUGAAAAAUUACUUAUGAAAUCAAUGAAUAAUACACAAGUAUUAUUUCCUUCUUUCACUUGUAUACAUCAUGAAUUUGUUCGUCAAGUGAUGAAGCAUCCACAAAAGGUAGCAGUGGAGAUGGAUGAUCAAUCUCUUACAUAUUCUGAACUUUUAUAUUAUGUUCAAAUGAUUGGCAUAAUUGCUAUUGAGAUGAUUGGUGCUGUCUAUUGUCCAUUAUCACCUCGAGAUCCUCAACAUCGUUUGCAUUCUCUAGUAUCACAAACACAAUGUGGUCUUGUUCUUGUUCAUUGGUUGACAAAGACAAAAUUCAACAAUGAUAUUAUCUUACUUGAUAUUGAUUCCGUAUUGCUCAGCAAUAACAUCUAUCAUGAAAUCAAUGUUAGGUUGUUAUCAAGUGUUGUCUUGACAUCAGAGAAUAUUGCUUAUAUCAUCUUCACAAGCGGUUCAACAGGAACACCGAAAGCGGCUCAAGUUCAACAUAGAAAUUUCAUUCAAUCCAUACGAGCUCUACAACAUAUUGACAGUGAACGCUGCUCUGUUAAACUCGUAAAAUUAUUAGAAAGUAAUAUAGACCCAAACUGUCAUAUAUGGAAUUUAUGUGGUCCAGCCGAAACAACCUUGCAGUCUAUAUUCCAUAAAGUGAGCUUACGAGUAGAUAAGGAGACUAUUCCACUUGGUACACCGCUACCUAAUUAUCAUUGUUUAAUUCAAGAUGAUUUUGCUCAGCCUACAAUGAUAGGCCAAGAAGCAGAGGUCUUGAUGGCAGGAGAAGGCAUCUUUGCUGCAUAUCUUGGCCGCCAAGAUUUGACAGCCAAAGUACUUCUUAAAAUCAACGAUGAAAUAUAUUAUCGAACAGGUGAUCUUGUUCGAAUGGAUAAAAGUGGUUUACUUCAUUAUCAAGGAAGAAAAGAUUUUCAAAUCAAAUUGCACGGACAACGUAUUGAACUGGGAGAAAUCGAACGAUGUUUACUUAAUACAUCAAUUACUGCUUGUGUUGUCAUUAAAUGGGAUGAUGAUCAUUUGAUUGCUUAUGUUCAAGGCUCUGACAUCGAUGAGGAACAACUACGUAAACAUUGUCAAUCUCAUCUUCCACCUCAUAUGGUUCCAUCACUAUUUAUUGUACUUGACAAAUUACCUCUGAAUGCAAAUGGAAAAAUA